AUGUCAAGUUCUCUCAUCUCACCUGCUUUAUUGCAGCUUGCAAACGAAAAGAGGAGCAGCAGGUGCAGCACAGUCCAGCCUCAGCCUCCCAAGAAGCCUCGCCUGGUCUUCACUGACAUUCAGCGAAGGACGUUGCAAGCGAUCUUCAGAGAAACGAAGAGACCGUCGAGAGAGAUGCAAUUGACGAUCAGCCAACAGCUGGGCUUGGAUCCCACGACAGUGGCCAAUUUUUUCAUGAAUGCCAGACGGAGAGGCCAUGAUCAGAAAGCCGACGACGAUAUGAGCACAAUCAGCGGUGGCAGUAAUCAUUGCUUUGAUGAGCAGGUGUUAUCUCCUCUGCCGCCGACGCCGGUCUUCGAACAGCUCUGA